AUAGACAUUCAGACGCCUCCUAAUUUCCAAAUUACAAGAUGAAUUUGAAAACCGAACCAGAAAUGUGUAUGUCUAUGAUAAGCGUGAAAAUCCCCUCCUCCCCGAGGAGGAGGAACAGAGAGCCAUUGCUAAGAUCAAGAUGUUGGGGAACAUCAAAUUCAUUGGAGAACUUGGAAAGCUUGAUCUUAUUCAUGAAUCUAUCCUUCAUAAGUGCAUCAAAACACUUUUGGAAAAGAAGAAGAGAGGUCCAACUUAAAGAUUGGGAGAGGAUUUGGAGUGCCUCUGUCAGAUAAUGAGGACAGUGGGACCUAGAUUAGACCAUGAACGAGCCAAGUCCUUAAUGGAUCAGUAACUUUGCCCGAAUGUGCUCCUUGAUGUUAAGUAAGGAAUUGCCAGCGAGGAUUCGUUUCCUGCUGCAGGAUACCGUAGAGUUGCGAGAACAGCAUUGGGUUCCCUCGCAAGGCUUUUCUUGACAAUGGACCAAGACGAUCAAUCAAAUCCGUCAAGAUGCGUAAAAGAUCUAGGGGUGUUAUUCCUGCUCCUAUGGCUCAAGGAAUGAGAAGUGACUUCUUUCUGGAGGGACCGUAUCCACCCAGGAUGAAAAUGGAUAGGGACCCACUUGGAGGACUUGCUGAUAUGUUUGGACAAAUGCCAGGUAGCGGAAUUGGUACUGGCCCAGGAGUUAUACAGGAUAGAUUUUCACCCACCAUGGGGCGUCAUCGUUCCAAUCAACUCUUCAAUGGCCAUGGGGGACACAUCAUGCCUCCCACACAAUCGCAGUUUGGAGAGAUGGGAGGCAAGUUCAUGAAAAGCCAGGGGCUAAGCCAGCUCUACCAUAACCAGAGUCAGGGACUCUUAUCCCAGCUGCAAGGACAGUCGAAGGAUAUGCCACCUCGGUUUUCUAAGAAAGGACAGCUUAAUGCAGAUGAGAUUAGCCUGAGGCCUGCUCAGUCGUUCCUAAUGAAUAAAAAUCAAGUGCCAAAGCUUCAGCCCCAGAUAACUAUGAUUCCUCCUAGUGCACAACCACCUCGCACUCAAACGCCGCCUCUGGGACAGACACCUCAGCUUGGUCUCAAAACUAAUCCACCACUUAUCCAGGAAAAGCCUGCUAAGACCAAAAAGCCACCACCAUCGAAGGAAGAACUACUUAAACUAACUGAAACUGUUGUGACUGAAUAUCUGAAUAGUGGGAAUGCAAAUGAAGCGGUCAAUGGUGUACGAGAAAUGAGGGCUCCUAAACACUUUCUUCCUGAGAUGUUAAGCAAAGUAAUUAUCCUGUCACUAGAUAGAAGUGAUGAAGAUAAAGAAAAAGCAAGUUCUUUGAUCAGUUUGCUCAAACAAGAAGGGAUAGCCACAAGUGACAACUUCAUGCAGGCUUUCCUGAAUGUAUUGGACCAGUGCCCCAAACUGGAGGUUGACAUCCCUUUGGUGAAAUCAUAUUUAGCACAGUUUGCAGCUCGUGCCAUCAUUUCAGAGCUGGUGAGCAUUUCAGAACUAGCUCAACCACUGGAAAGUGGCACCCAUUUUCCUCUCUUCUUACUUUGUCUUCAGCAGUUAGCUAAAUUACAAGAUCGAGAAUGGUUAACAGAACUUUUUCAACAAAGCAAGGUCAAUAUGCAGAAAAUGCUCCCAGAAAUUGAUCAGAAUAAGGACCGCAUGUUGGAGAUUUUGGAAGGGAAGGGACUGAGUUUCUUAUUCCCACUCCUCAAAUUGGAGAAGGAACUGUUGAAGCAAAUAAAGUUGGAUCCAUCCCCUCAAACCAUAUAUAAAUGGAUUAAAGAUAACAUCUCCCCCAAACUUCAUGUAGAUAAAGGAUUUGUGAACAUCUUAAUGACUAGCUUCUUACAGUAUAUUUCUAGUGAAGUAAACCCACCCAGUGAUGAGACAGAUUCUUCCUCUGCUCCUUCCAAAGAACAGUUAGAGCAGGAAAAACAACUGCUUCUUUCUUUCAAGCCAGUAAUGCAGAAAUUCCUUCAUGAUCACGUUGAUCUGCAAGUCAGUGCCCUGUAUGCUCUUCAGGUGCACUGCUACAACAGCAACUUCCCCAAAGGCAUGUUACUCCGCUUUUUUGUUCACUUUUAUGACAUGGAAAUUAUUGAAGAAGAAGCUUUCUUGGCUUGGAAAGAAGAUAUAACCCAAGAGUUUCCUGGGAAAGGCAAGGCUUUGUUCCAGGUGAAUCAGUGGCUAACCUGGCUAGAAACUGCUGAAGAAGAGGAGUCCGAGGAAGAAGCUGACUAAAGAACCAGCCAAAGCCUUAAUGUGCAAAACAUACUGUUGCUAUGACGUAACUGCAUCUGACCUAAACCACUGCGAAAAUUCAUUCCGCUGUAAUGUUUUCACAAUAUUUAAAGCAGAAGCACGUCAGUUAGGAUUUCCUUCUGCAUAAGGUUUUUUUUGUAGUGUAAUGUCUUAAUCAUAGUCUACCAUCAAAUAUUUUAGGAGUAUCUUUAAUGUUUAGAUAGUGUAUUAGCAGCAUGCAAUAAUUACAUCCUGAGUUCUCAAGCAGAGGCAGUCUAUUGCAAGGACCUUCUUGCUGCCAGUUACCAUAGGCUGUUUAAGUUAGAAAACUGAAUAGCAACACUGAAUACUGUAGAAAUGCACUUUGCUCAGUAUACUUGAGUUGUUGCAAUAUUUGAUUAUCCAUUUGGUUGUUACAGAAAAAUUCUUAACUGUAAUUGAUGGUGUUGCCGUAAUAGUAUAUUGCCUGUAUUCUACCUCUAGUAAUGGGCUUUAUGUGCUAGAUUUAAUAUCCUUGAGCCUGGGCAAGUGCACAAGUCUUUUAAAAGAAACAUGGUUUACUUGCACCAAAACUGAUCAGUUUGAGAGAUCGUUAAUGCCCUUGAAGUGGUUUUGUGGUUGUGAAACAAAUGGUGAGAAUUUGAAUUGGUCCCUCUUAUUAUAGUAUGAAAUUAAGUCUACUUAAUUUAUCAAGUCAUGUUCAUGCCCUGAUUUAUAUACUUGUAUCUAUCAAUAAACAUUGUGAUACUUGA